UAAUGUAACCAUAUCAAAUACCUGUAAUAGCUCAAAAAAUCAGCUUUCGCAAACAUUCAUAUGAAUGUCAAUGGAAUAGACCAAAACCCCUAUUUUGAUUCUCUUUCUCUCUGUCUUUUCCAUGUUUUCGGGUUAUUGUUUUAUCAGAUUGAAGGGUUUCAAAGAAAACUUGAAACCCCAUUACUUUUUUGUUUUCAAGAAUCGUGGUCUAGUUGCUGCCAUUGGCGUGAGGUAAGUUCUUCAAUGCAAAAUGGCUGCUGGGAAGCAAAAUCUAGCUGAAGAAGAUGGUGGUGACCCUUUGAAGAACAGGUUUGGUGCACCAAAUCUCAAGGCUCAUAAAAUUCUGAGUUAUGUGUAUAUUUCUCAAAGUGAAAAUAGUUUCAUUCUGAUUUUCUGCUUCAAACCGAAGGCUGGAGGAGAUUCAACUGAAGACAAGUGCCCUAGUUUGCACCAGAAAUUUGAUAAACAUCCUAUGGAGGCUCCCUCACUUGCAGCUAUGAACACUGAGGAGCAUUCUGAGAUAUCAAAAUUUCCCCAGAUUCCAAUCCAUUCUGCAAAAAGACUGGCUUUCUCCCCUUUAUCUUCCCCAACUUUUUCUGUUGCUGCAGUGUCCCCAGGCACUUCACCGUCUGAAAGUAAAUCAAAUGAAGAAGGAACAAACAUGAAUUCCCAACAUGCACAUUUAAGGCCAGAUGUUGAAAUGUCUCCAAUCAUACCCUGUGAAGUUUCUCGUGUAGUUGCAUCUCAGAGUCCAAGAAUAUCAAGGUCGUCGUCGCUCACAAAACUUAAGUUGAAAAGAGCAGCAGAUCCAGGAUCCUCAUAUGAAGGGGGCAUAAGUGAACCUCCCAUCCCAAUUAGAGAAUUGGCUCAAAGGUCGAUGCAUCGAUCCCAUUCCCUACCUUUGAUCAGAAAAGAUGGAAGUGUAUUGUUACGUGGUAAUAUUGUUCGUCUGAUUCCAAUCUCUCCAAAUAUUGGCAAAGAGAUUCAUUUGACCCCAUUUAAAUCACCAACAUAUCAUAACGAUGAAAAUAUAGACGCUGGUGAGCAUAUUUCAGAAGAGGCUGUUUGUCGAAUAUGCUUGAUUGAGUUUGGGAACAGUCCCGAGACUUUCAAGAUGGAAUGUAACUGCAAGGGUGAACUUGCUCUGGCUCACCAAGAAUGCGCUACCAAAUGGUUUAGCACUAAAGGUAACAGAAUAUGUGACGUGUGCAGGCAAGAGGUUCAGAAUCUUUCGAUUGAGCUGUUACCUGUGCAUGCCGUUCAGACCUACAACAUCCAAGGAAGUGGGGCCAAUCCGGUUGCCAUUACUCGAUACAGGGUUUGGCAGGAUGUUCCUUUUCUUGUUAUCAUGAACAUGCUAGCUUACUUUGGCUUCCUAGAGCAACUUCUGGCUGGUAAAAUGGGAUCAAGCGCUCUAGCUAUUUCUCUUCCAUUUUCUUGCAUAUUUGGUCUUCUUGCAUCCAUGACUGCAGCAACAAUGGUAUUGAAGGAGUAUAUAUGGAUUUAUGCAGCUGUCCAGCUAUCUUUGGUGAUCGCCUUUUCUCAUGUUUUCUACUCAAAGCUUCAUAUGCAGGCUAUUGUAGCUGUACUUCUUGCCACAUUUUCGGGCUUUGGAGUUACAAUGGCUCUUUGUUCCAUUCUUGAAAAAAUUCUUCGACGAACGAGACCAUUGCUCAAUCAAUCAAAUCAUCAAACCGCAGAUGGAUCAUUGACAACAGACCAUGCCUCCAAUGCAAGCAGAUCCUCCACUUGGUCUUCAACGGCAACUCGAGGUCCCACUGCAGUCUGAAACAGUACCCGAUACCUUGCGCCCGAGCCAAAUCAAUCCUCCUGGUCAAGAUAUUGAAAUGGGAACUUCAGAAGCCUUGCCCCAGCCAGCCAUUGACAUGGAGUUCAAAUCUUGUAUAUGCUUUACCAACUUUUGUGUAUUUCAUCCCCUUGAUGCUAUAUAGAUGAUUUAUGUAAAUAAUUUUUCGAUGAGAAUUAUAUAUUUAUAUAUAUAUAUAUAUACCUAAAUUUAUCAUA